CAUAAAAUCAGUUAUCAUUCAUUCGUAAUCGUAGCUCACCUUCUCCCAUCUAGUCUUUCUUCUCUCUCAUCAUUUAAAACUAUCUGCUCAUCUUCACCUACUCUCUAUUAUUCACACAAACAAUUAAUCAAUCAACCCAGAAUUUCAUUUCAUUUCAAUUCAAUAUAAUUUAUUUAAUCCAAUUAAAAUCAAAUUAAAUAAUAUAAUUCUAUAGAAUGCCAACUCAACCCCAAGUCAAACACGCUGCUUUAGCUUUACCCCCAAUUUUCUGCCGAUUUUUCUACUGAUUUUACCGAAUUAAUCCCAAAACUAACAACUGGGUUUUGCUCAAAAUCAAAUUUUGAGAAAUGGGUAAUCGAUUUAUUUGUAUGUCUAAGAAAGAUACCAAAAUUAAUGGAUCAAAAAGUAGGAGAAUGGGUAGUAAGUCUCAGAGAAAGUUGCUUGAAGAUGAAGAAGUUGCUUUACAUAGAAGAGCUUUAUCAAUGGCGCUUCAUCAACAUCAGUUGUCUCAGAGAUUUGAUCCUGGUUCUAUGUCUUCUCGCCGAGUUGGCGGCGCUACUUCUCGCCGCCGCACUCUCUCUGACCCCUUUUCGAACUCCAAACAGGCACCUGACUUUUUAGAAAACCUGAAAGGAACAAGAUUUGUUUUAGUACAUGGUGAGGGUUUUGGUGCAUGGUGUUGGUACAAAACUAUUGCUUUGUUGGAAGAAUCUGGAUUGCUUCCUGUUGCUUUAGAUCUCAGUGGAUCAGGUAUAGAUACAAAGGAUACAAAUUCAAUUGCUACUCUGGUAGAAUAUUCUAAGCCACUGAUUACAUAUAUAGAGAACCUGCCAGAUGAUGAAAAGGUUAUAUUGGUUGGUCAUGGAUGUGGGGGCGCAUCUGUUUCGUAUGCUAUGGAGCAAUUCCCGCAGAAAAUUUCCAAGGCCAUUUUUGUCUGUGCCACAAUGGUAUCUAGUGGACAAAAGCCCUUUGAUGUUUUUUCUGAAGAGCUUGGUCCUUCUGAAGAUUUUAUGAAGGACUCAAAGUUUUUGAUUCAUGGAAAUGGUACUGAUAAUCCUCCCACGUCAUUCAUGUUGGAGAGGCAGCACUUGAAGGCUUUAUAUUUCAACCAGAGCCCUCUUAAGGAUUUUGCUUUAGCCAUGGUCUCCAUGAGACCUAUCCCUUUGGGACCCAUUAUGGAGAAGCUCUCAUUAUCGCCUGAGAAGUAUGGUAUGGUGAGACGUUUUUUCAUUCAAACACUGGAGGAUCGUGCACUUUCACCUGAUGUCCAAGAAAAACUAGUCAGAGAAAAUCCACCUGAGGGAGUCUACAAGAUAAAAGGUAGUGAUCAUUGCCCGUUCUUCUCUAAACCCCAGUCGCUUCACAAAAUGUUACUUGAGAUUGCCCAAAUAGCGUAGUUCAAGAUAGCUCCGAAAUGGUUGAUGAUCUGAUGGUUUUCUGCUUAUUGAAUAUGAUAUCAUCUGCCAUCUGAGAUUGAAAUUGUACAGGAGAAAGAGAAUGGUUGUAUACUCUGUGCUACCUCAUUUCAUUUUGUCAUAUAUACAGGAAAAUCUUCGAAUUCUUUUGUACACUCUUGUUGCAUACUUCAUAUUAGAUAGAAGAAAUGCAGGUGUCAUGUUUCUUUUAAACGCAAAACUCAAUUCGUGUAGAAGUUAUAUCACCAAUGGCAUGACAUGGAGUUGCUUGCUGUUGCUUUCCA